GCUUAUCCAGCGUGCCUUUCGGGUCACUUGCCGCUCCGGGCCUCGGCGUUCGGUUCCCGGGGCUUGCACGUUCCAUUCCCAGGCAGGUCCUGGGGCUCCGGGGUCCUACUCGCCGCGUCCUCGGGUCGGUGCGCUGACGCCGGGACGCAGGCAGCCAUGGCCGAGUUCUCCCAGAAGCAGAGGAAGCAGCAUGGCAGAGAGGGCCUGGGCAGCGUGGUGGACUUCCUCCUGGCUAAUGCUCGUCUGGUGCUAGGUGUGAGCGGGGCGGCAGUGCUGGGCAUUGCCACCCUGGCUGUAAAGCGGCUCAUCGACAGGGCCACUAGCCCUCGGGAUGAGGAUGACAGCAAGGCGGACGGCUGGAAGGAGCUGAGCCUGCUGAGAGCCACAUCACACCAACAGCCCCAACCCCCCCCUGCCGCCCUCAGCCAGCCCAUGCCUCUCCUGUCCCCCUCCCCCUCUGCCCCAGUGGAGCCUACACCCACUCAUUCUCAGAAGACACCAACACCUCAGCCCAGCUCCCCAGCGCCCCUCUGCCUGACGUUCCAGGAGAAGCUGCUGGCAUUUGAGCGCAACCACGUGAUUGUCCCAGAAGCCCACGUGACUUUGGUGAAACAGCUGGCGGGAGACAUUGCCUUGGAGCUGCAGGCCUACUUGAGGAGCAAGUUCCCAGAACUGCCCUUUGGGGCACUUGUACCAGGGGGGCCUCUCUACGAGGGGCUGCAGGCAGGGGCGGCUGAGCACGUGCGCCUGCUAGCACCUCUGGAGUUAGAACCAGGUCUGUGGAACCUGGUACCUGGCAUGGACACCGUGGCCAGGGAACCUCGAUGCUGGGCUGUGCGCAGGACUCAGCUGGAGUUCCAUCCCCGUGGGCGCAGCCCAUGGGACCGCUUCCUGGUGGGGGGUUAUCUUUCCUCCCGUGUCUUGUUGGAGCUGCUACGGAAGGCCCUGGCAGCCUCUGUCAACUGGCCAGCCAUUGGCAGCCUACUGGGAUGUCUGAUCCGGCCCAGUGUGGCUUCGGAAGAACUGCUGCUGGAGGUGCAACAUGAGUGCCUGGAGUUCACGUUAGCCGUGCUCAUGGUGGUCCCUGGGGCCAGCGCCGAUGACCGUCUUCUGCUGGCUUGGCCCCUGGAGGGGCUGGCCGCCAAUCUCUGGCUGCAGGAUCUGUAUCCGGUAGAGGCUGCCUGUUUGCGGGCCCUGGAUGACCGGGAUGCUGGCACUCGCCGGAGGCUGUUGCUGCUGCUCUGUGGUGUGUGUCGUCGCCAUCCGGCUCUGGUGCGCCUGGGCUGGAGUCACCUGACCCAGGUGGUUCUGCAUCUGGGGCAAGAGGAAGUGGCCUGGACCGAGGAGGCCUUGGGGGAUCGCUUUCUGCAAGCCCUGGAGUUUCUGGUGGGCAGCUUGGAGCAGGCCAGCCUGCCCUGUCACUUCAACCCCAGCGUGAACCUCUUGGGCAGUUUUCGGGAAGAGGAGAUCGAUGACAUUGGCUACGUACUGUACCGUGGUCUCCAGGUCCCUGAGAGCCUACUCUAGGUGGAUGACGACUGGGAUUGGCUUGUUAUCUGAUGCUGAAGAGCAGCAGCCACCUCCCUCCCAGGACGCUGCAGAAUGGGGUUUGCUUUGUUUUAGCCAGAGUGGAGGGGAGGAUCCAUUACCGAGGCCCAUGGGUGGGCAUGUGCCUGGGUGAUGGUGACCAGGAUUCCCAGAUCCAGAGAGUCUGGGUUGCUGUCACCUAGCCUGGCCUGGCUUUCGGUGCCAGCCACGCUGAUGCCCCCUGGCCCUCUAGGGUUCACUUAGGAUCUUGGGCUCAGUCUAUCAUCACCAGCAAUGAACUCACCAAGAGUGAGACAUGGCUUUUGAUUUCCUAGGCUUCACCUAGGCAAAGGCUGGUUCCAACUUUUUGCCAAGAAGGAAACCUAAUGUUCUUGGUUGGGUAACAGCCCCAGUAUCCUGGAGGCACACACAGCUGGUCAUUGCGUCUCUGGGGCUGGAAUCACCUGGUGCCCUGGAGGAUGUUUUCCUGAUGGUCAUGCAUUUGUUUUUCUGGUUGAGUCCUCCGGCUCCGAAGUGGAAGGUGUCUCCCUUGCUGCCUGCCUGCCUGCCUUAUACCCCAGGGAAGGAAGGUCUGGUUUUCCUCCUCUGCUUGGUGGGUUUUCUCUGUAGGUCACAAAUUACCUCUGGGAGAGCCCCUUCCUCACUGGGUAGCUGAGCUCUGCGCUGCCCACAAAAGGCUGUCCCAUAGUGGCUGCUCCUGGACCUCACUGCAGGGUAGAGGACACGCCCCUCCCAGAGGCCUGUGUGCAGCCCUGGCCUCUGCAGUGUGCCAAAAUACUUGAUAAAUGUCUGUGUCCUGACCUGGCACCCUGGUUAAGGUGGCAUGGCUGGAGGAGGGAGAUGACCUUCCCUGCCAGGGGGCCUUUCUAUUUUAAGUACCACUCCCCCUACACACAUACACACACACACACACACACACACACACACACACACACACACACA